AUGAGCUCCAGUGAUGAAGAUGAGAAGUUCUUGUAUGGUUCCGAAGAUGAAGGUGCCGCGAGCUCGUCAGCGACCAAAAACAACAAAAAACGACCAGCUGAGGACAUGGCAGCAGGAGAUGUAACGACUCAGCGUGCCAAGACUGCCGAGUCCAGCAGUAGUAACGAGGAAGAGGAUGAUGAUUCCAGCGAGGGUGAGGACUCGGAAGACGAGUCGGACGUGGAGUUCAUUAUUGGGGUCGGCACCGAUAGCUCAAAAUUGGACUCUAAGCAAGGUGCAGGCUCAACAGCGACCGGGGUCGCUAAGACAGUUUCCGUUGCGGCUCCAACUCUGGAAGUAGGAUCCACCAUUGGUAAACCCGGUGAUGAGGACGCCACGCAGCAAGAACCUGUAUUGGACGGGACGCCUCAGGCGCAACCGGGCACCGAAAGACUUCCAACACUCGAUUUGAACGCACCGGGUCAGCUCGGCGAUCAACUGGUAACUGACAUCGACCCUGAAGUGCUAAAAGAAAAGCCAUGGCGGCAGCCGGGCGCAAAUCUCAGCGAUUAUUUCAAUUAUGGCUUCAACGAACAAACAUGGAUGGAGUAUCUUCACAAGCAAGAAAAACUACGGGCUGAAUACAACCCACACAAGCUGCUGAUGGGUCUGCUGGCUCUCCAACAACAAGGAAAGCUCAAUGACCCGGGAUCCGACGGUAAAGGUCAGGAUACUGGUAUGCCAUCCAAUAUGGCAACCACUGGAUUUCCAAUGGGCAUGCCGUCCAUGUUUGGUGGGUUCCCGUUCCCGUUCCCUGGAAUGAUGAACAAUAUGAAUCAGCAGCAGAAAAAAUGA